AUGAACCGCCCCAAAUUAACAACCCUCCUAUUACUACUCCAACUAAACUCAUAUGUAGCAGUAAACUACAUAAACUUUGUUGUGGAUUCAGUGCGAUCAGAAGAAGCGGCGUUACAAUGUAAACUCAACCUAUACGAUCAGACUAUGACAAACACGAUAGCUAACCUUACAUUUGAUUGUUCACCUGGGAUACCCUCAAUUGACUACAGACUUGAUGUUAACAAGCUGAGUUAUCCGGUACGUUUUAAAUUUUUUUAAAUUUUUAAAGUUUGUAGGGUCAAUUUUAACGCUUUUUUUAUAAUCUAUUAGAGAGUAAAAGUAUUUUUAGUUUAUUUUUCGUUUUUCUGGGAUUUUAAAAAAUUUUUUUGAAGUCAAGGGAACUAGAGGAGAAAAGAAGGAAAAAAUUUAAAAACUUUUUUUGAAAAAUCAGAACGCCCUAUUCUAGACUUGGCAAUAGAGCCAAUCUGUUCCAGAACCUCUGCCGGGUUGGGGACCAAACAGUUGGGGCUCGGCGUGACCGCCUGAAUUUUUCUUGACCCCGGCCCGACCCGAUUGUCAGGUCUAUCUUACCGUAUUGUACCUACUUUUACCCUACCCUUCCUUACUCUAUCGUAACCUACGCUAGCUUACCCUACCCUACCAUGCAUUAAUUUACCCUACCCUAUUUUACCCUUUCCCACUUAAUUAUACCUUACCCUACCCUAUUCUGCUCUAUCCUAACCCACUCUAUCGUACCCUGCUUCCCUGCAAUCCUUCUUUAAUAUCUUCCUCUUGCUGUGCCUUAUUCGAUGUUACCCUAUUUUAAGUUCAAAGUGUCAUAAGCAAGCCAAAAUAUUUUUUUAUUGUUAAAAAUAGUUUUUCAAUAUCUUUCAAUUUUUUAAUAUUUAAACUUUUUCUCCAUUUUUUAAAGAUUGAUCGCUACAGUUUUUAAAACCCAAUGAAAGCGCACUUUAAAAUUAUCAAAAAAAUGUCAAAACAGUUUGUCGAUUAUUUUAAGCGACCAUCUGCAUCAUUUCGCGUUUUAUUGGGUUUGCCUACUUUUGCAUCUGUUGUGAAUGAGAUUCCAAUUAACUGACACGGCUUCGAAAUGGCAUCAAAAAAAUACCUGCAAAUUGGUUUUUGAUUUUAAAAAUAAGGUAGAAAUCCAUUAAUCCUUUUGUUGUUUGAAAGCUUUGUGGCUUGUAUUGGUAUCAACAUGAAAUUUUGAGCUUGUAUUCAUUAGUUUUUUCGUAUUUUUUAAAAUUUUUUAUUUUUUUAUAAAGACGAAAGAAUUAAUGAAUCCAAAAAUCAAAAUUUUUAAAAACGAAAAAAUUACCAAGUCCAAAAAAUAAAAAUUUAAAAAAGUUAGAUUAGCCAAAUAUUAGAAUACCUAAGACCCACUUUUGAUUGUUUGUUUGCUCUAAUUUGAAUAAUUAAUUCCGAAACUUCCUUUGCGGGUCAUGUCAUAAACGUAGCGCGCUUUUUCAUCUUUACAUGCCAAUAUAAUAUGGUAGGCCAUUCGGUUGCGCAAAAGCGGAAGUAGCGAACCAAUCUGGUCUAAUAUAGACAUAAAAAUAUAGAUUUGUAUUUGUCUUGACUUGACUUGCCCUAUCUUGUCUUCUCUUGUUUUGCUUUGCCUUGCUCUGCCUUGCCUUGCUUCGCCCUGCCUUGCCUUGCCUUACCCUACCUUGCCCUGUCUUGUCUUCGCUUGUUUUGCCUUGCACUGCUUGUCCUGCUCUGCUGAGCCCAGUCCGUCCCUUAUCUUGCUCUACGUCAUCUUACUCUGCCCUGCCCAACCCAACCUUACCAAACUCUGUCCCACAUUACCCUAUUCUCCCCUACUUUACUCUUCCCUGUCACAUCUUACCCUUCCCUAUCACACAAUUUCAAUCAUAGUGCCAUAGCCAAAACAAAAUUCGAACAAAUAAAGAAAUCAAGGUUACAUGGCACUCAAUGACACCAAACCUUUACUUACUAGUUACUUUUUGCUUACCUUAAUUAUGUUCAGGCUUAAUUAACGCAAAAACUAUAAUAAAUAUUGCGCAGAAGAAUUUGCUUUGAGGUAAUUAAUAGCCCACAUGUCAUUUUGUCAUAACACGUGUGACCUUUCAGUCACAAUAUUUUGGUUUAUUAGCCGGGAUUUUGGUGGGUUUAGGCUUAUUAUGGUUUAGCUGUUAAGGUAAUAAGUCUCUUUUAAAAUGUCUCUUGUAACCAAACACGGCUCUAAAUAUACCAAAAAGUCUAUUAGUACCAAAAACCCAAAAGCCACCCCGUAUCACUAUAAGCCUACUGUAUAUUGCAUAAGAAACAAUAGAAAUUUGAUCUCAAAAAACAGAUUUUUUACACUUUUUUCGGCGUUUUUUAAGUGACCUUGUCCGGAGUAGAUUAUCCGUGACUUGCGAGCUGCAACAGAUGCACCCCCUCUUUAUGACAUUAUCCACACCACAAUUGCACAAUCAACUCUUUUACCGUAUAACAGGAAGUGUGGGCAAAGAAUUGAAAAAAAUUGAUUAUAUUAAGUUGUUCAAAUAAUUCUGUGCCCCGUCUCAAAGUAAAUUUUAGGUGUAAGAGGGCACAAAAUUAUUUGAACAACCUGAUACGUAUAAAAAAGUAAAAUAAAAUAAUUUUAGAUUGUCCUAAUGUUAUCAAUUGAAAACGCAGUAAAUCAUGAAAAAGUUCACCAAGCCUACACAGUACUAAACACUCUGGAAAAUGCUCCAAAUCACAUGAAAUACACUAUUGUAAGUUUGAAAUUUAUCUUGGUAUAACUUUUUUAGGUUUUGAUAAUAUAGUUUGCUUAAACUUUCUAGCUAUCUUGGUACAUUGUACUUGGGAGGUGAUAUAUUUAUACUAAGAUUUUUAGGCUGUUCAAAUAAUUCUGCGCCUUUUCUCAAAACAAAUUUUCGAGAUGAAAGGCUUAGAAUUACUAGAAAAUCUUAAUAAUUGACGUCUUACGCUCUUUUUAAUAGCUAUUGAUCGAAAACUAAUACAAUAACUUUAUAAUAGUGUACUGUAAUUUAUAAAACUAUAGAAGCCGUUUUAGUCAGAAGAAAAGUUCAGUAUGAUCUACAAGACCUCUCUCCAAUGUGACGGCGCCCUAAUCGGCCGCUACUGUAAUGUAACCUGCGAAGAGCCCAAAAUGACCGACCACUAUGUCUGUAGCCGAGAAGGUAAAAUCUGCAACAAAGGCUGGCUCGGCCCGAACUGUGAUCAGCCCUACUGCACCACCAACUGUAGCCGCCACGGUCUGUGCGUGUCCCCAGGCGUUUGUGCUUGUGACUCGGGUUGGGUGGGGAAGGACUGUGACGAAUGUAUUCGACGAGAAGGCUGUGUUUACGGGUACUGUAGCGACGUACCGUACUCGUGCAAGUGUAAAGUCGGGUAUUCGGGGCCAUUGUGUGAUCGACAUGUGAGUAGUGAGUGUAUAUUGAGCGACUGUGUCCAUGGUCAAUGUGCCUUCAUGAGAGGAAACAAGGUUUGUCACUGCGAGGAGGGGUACUUCGGCAAAAGCUGUGAUCAGAAGGUAGGGAUUUUUAUUAAAAUUUUUUUUUUAAUUUUCAAAAUUUUCAUUUUUAAAAUGUUCGUUAAAUGUCAUGUCCAACCCACCCUUUCCAGAUCCCAAAAAUAGGUCUACCACCAGCCGCACCCCCACAACCCAACCCGCCCAUCAACCCCAUUCAUUACUGGCAUCCAUCCCAAUAUCAGACUUCUGAAUCCACUAUCUCGGCCAACACUUUGUUGCUACUGGCCGCUUUUACCAUCGUAUUCUGUUCGGCCACGCUGUUACUGCAGAAGUUAUACAAGACGGUGAAGCGGAGUCGGAGCGUAGAGCAGACGGUUCGGGCCGAGGCGAGGUUAUUUACGUCGCCCACACCCCCACCUCCAUAUCCGGUCGAUAAUCCCAAGCUUCUGGCCUGA